AUGAAUUCGUCGUUCCCUGAUCUUCUUGAUUCUACAACUAAAACUAUACUUCCAUCAGUUGAAACAAAAGCGAAUAUCCUUCCUGUUUUCAAUCAAGAUGAUGCUAUUGGCAUUUUUCAAAAUAAAAAUAUUGUUUUUUUUGGAGAAGGUCCUAUACGAUCGAUUUAUUGUGAUCUAUGCAAAUUGAUACACAAUUCGAAAAUUUUAAAUAGUUCAGAAAUUAAAAAUCAUUUCAAUUAUCAUCCACCAUAUGUUAAUGAAACUACACUUGAAUUACGUAAAAAAUGUCCUUGGGCUGAUCACAUUGAUAUACGUCGUUGGGUUGCUAAAAAAUCAUCAACGACGUUAUUUUUUAUUCAUGUAGGCAGUAUUGUUGGUGAGACUUGUCCAGUUAAUAUCGAAUGGUUAAAAAAAAUAACAGAAAAUACUCAUAUUGAUCUAGUCGUAAUGUCACCUGAUUGCCGAGAAGUUUGCGAUCGUGAAUUACAACGCAAACAGGAACAAUUUGAUAAUAAAUUACAAUUAUUCAAAUCGAAAUUAUCUAUGAUAUGUUCAUCAUUAAAAUUAGCUUUUCCUCAAUCGAUAAUGAUGUGGUUACCGCCACAAUCAUUAAGAAAUUUAAAUGAUGAACAAACUGCUAGAGUAGAAAAAUUUAUAAAUAUUUGUUUUGAUAUUUCAUGUGGUGAAUUUAAUUUCAAUUUUUUAAAACAUCAUCAAAAUUGGAUUAAAUUUUAUGAAGAAUUAUAUGAAAAAGACCAGUUAUAUCUUUC